GCUGCAUUAAAUUAUGCAAAAAAUUUAACAACUAUUUCUUCCGAAGAUUCUCAAGAUUUCGAACAAAAUGAACUAGACAUUAAUUGGUUAGCGUUGGAUAAUGAUACACCAUCAAUAAUAGAGUCUAUGUGGACUUCAACUACAGAUGAUAAUCAUGUAAUCGAUUAUGAACUAGGCGAAACUAAUAUUAAUUUAAACAGUAGUCAAUGUGUUGUUGUUGAUUAUAUAGAAGGGCAUCUUCAACGUUGUCCAAACAGUGUAUGUAAACCUAUUAAACAACUUAUAGGGAUUUGGGAAUUAAGUUUUGAAGCAGUAGAUAUUGAAGUAGAUCAAGAUCAACAAUUACAGGCUAUUCUUUUAGAGGAAAUUUGGCUUGCUAUUUUUAAAUUUUUUGAUAGAAAAUCGAACUUAUCUAAAAAUUCAAUAGAUAAUGAAGAUGUAGAUCAAACUUUUAAAGCAAAGCCACUGACAUAUUUUGGAAUUAAAGCAGCACUUC